AUACCCACGAGUUUUUCCUCUAAAGUUACUUACGCACUUGUCAUCAGAACUUUGCACCUCACGGACUGGAGGAAACGGCGUUCGACAAGCCUUUCUUCUUGCUUAAAGAAACAAGAUUGAUACAGACUUACGUACAACUUUGAUUUCGUCUGCCUGUGGAGAAAGCGCAAGAGAUAUUCUGCUUCAAAAACAUUCGUUCUGUAUGUUAUUGUGGUGCUGUGAUUGUAGAUAUUCAUUUUAUCGAAAUGGAAAUAAAUGUUAAUUUUAGUGGUGGCUUGGAAUUACUAUUCAAGAAUAAAAAGAAUUACAGAGUUGCACUUCCAAGUGAAAAUGCGAAAUGGACCAUCAAAUCUCUAAUAGCUCAUCUAAAAGAUAAUUUGUUGCAAGAAAGACCUGAAUUAUUUGUCCAAGGAGACACAGUGCGACCUGGGAUACUUGUACUCGUUAAUGAUUCUGAUUGGGAACUUCUUGGUGAAUUGGAUUAUGAAGUUCAACCAGAAGAUACUAUUCAUUUUAUAUCAACACUUCAUGGCGGCUGAAUGUGUAACUCAUGUAAUGUGAAUGUGAAAUUUUGAAUCUUAUGAAAAUUUGAUCAAAUUUCUAUUCUCUAUUUUUUUAAACAUUCAUCAAAGCAUAAUGUAACAUAGCAGUUACAUUACAAUCAGUCAUUUUAUACUUUAAAUUUUUAUUUUGUUUUGAAUAAAAUUUAACCUUUUUUAAA